AUGGUCCGCUGGCUUGUCUCCAAGAAGGGUGUGCCCGUGUUGGCAAGCGUCAGAUCGGACCCUGCUGCACAGUCACCAUGUGUCUUGGUCGUGAAGUACAACGAGGAGCCAUUGCAGCUUAGCUUCCAUUUACAAUGCACGACUUUCAUUAAUGGCUUCGAUGAUGAACAAACGUUUACUUUGAUCUAUGAUGCUGACAACCUGAUGCGCGACGCAACUACGCUCGGCAAUGAUACCACGUCCCUUUCCCACGACCAGUUGACCUCCAUCGCACGCGCCGGAAAUCCCCAAAUAAGAGUAUUGGCUUUAACGCUCGCGAAGCCAUGCAAGAUCAGGUGCCCUUCUUCAACCGCUACCUUCACAUCGAAGAGCGGAUAUGAGGCCCCCUUCCACCGCCUGACUACCCUCGCGAAAGCUACAGCCAUCGAUAUCGCCUUUGACUACAAUUGGGUGCACGCCAACAAUCUUACACCACCCUCGCAGCCUGCAUCGCCUCCUCAUAAACGUCCGCACUACGAUCAAGGGUCGCCCACAGAAGUCGCAACAUCCUCACCUUGUCCACCGGGCACAUCCCAUCAUUCGCCAUUCGAGAAGGAGGAAGCAGGACUUACGAGUGCACACCCAUCUCUACACACCAGUGCCCAGCUCGCCUUUCAAGACGUCGUCAACAAGGCCGUCGCGGCUCAGCUUCCAGCCGUUGUCGAAAGCAUGUUGCCCAACAUUCUCAGGAGCAUAUUGCCGGAUGUCCUCCAUAGAUCCCUUGCUCCCAGACGAUCACCAUCUUCGUCGCCUCCGCCUAGAGCCAGCUGUACGCCCCAACCCUCGCCUUCCCUCGGCACACUCAUAGCCGAUCGCCUGGAAGUUCUGGCAAAGGAUCACUUGACUUCGAUCUUCGCCGAUGCCAAUGACCAAGCGUACAGCCUCCGUGUUCAAGCUGAGGGGGAGUUUGAGGACGUGGUUGCCGACCACAAGCUUGAUGUCGACACAAUCAAGGAAGACUGCAUACGAGAGCUUGGUGAAGUGGUCGACGACAAGCUGUGCAAGUUCAAAGAGGAAACCGAGGAGAUUGUCGAAACUGCCGUGGAAGAAGUAGGGACCAAAAGCGGUGAAAUUCGCGACGACAUUUGCGACGGGCUUGAAGAGUUCGUGAAGAUAGCUUCUACUUCACUCAAAAAGUUGAGAGAAGGGAAAGGCCACCGCAAUCGUAUGUCGACGAGUCAAGACUGA